CCAGGGGUUGACCACCAGGAAGACGGGCUACUCAGGGAAGGCGAUGGAUACGACACCGUCCUCCUCUGCCAGCUUGGAUCGCACUCUAUCGUGAUGGGCGGCGAAGUGAAAGCGGUGGACCCCUCUGUUGAAUGCAAGCUGGGUUCCACGGCUGGCUACGUGGAGUUCAAAACGAACCACGUGUUAUCCACGGAGUGGCACCAACGCAGAUUCCACGAGCACAAGCUGCUCCGAUGGUGGGCCCUAUCGCGCCUGGGAGGCGUCCCCAAAGGAUUUUGCGGAUUCCGGGACGAUAAUGGCAUUGUGUUGGACAUCCAGCGGUUUGAUGUCCUCAACAUGCCAGGCAUGGCAAAGGGACUGUGGUCGGAGGAAGUCUGCAUGCGAUUCUGCAACCAGCUGCUCUCCUUUAUCAAAGAGCACGUCGAAGGAAAUGACGGAAGGACUGUCUACCAUUUCGAGUACGUGCCGUCAUCCCGUGAGAUCGUCUGCAAGCGCCUGACAAAUCCCACGAAGCUUUACAGACUGCCGGAUUGGUUCCUGGAGGCGUUCGAAGACUGUUGAAGUGUUCACUCCAGCUGCACCUCUAGUCCCACAUUAUAAGAUAUCUUUUCUAUGUCAGCGUGCUAAAAACGCCACCUUCCAGAAAAUGAAGACACUGUAUUGCACUCUUAGAACUCAUAAUUACUGUAGGUUUCAUUGCUGGAAACGAAGCUGUUUGUACCUUCUAGCAGAAUGCGAGAAUAGUUUUGUCUGUAGUUUUUGUCAUUGUUGCACAAUUGUUCUUUUCUGGAGUAUUCGAAAGGUCUCGUUUUAAAAUGUCAUCGUGUAAUUACUGGACCUUAAGCUUCCCGAAAAUUGUUGGGUUUUUUUUUGGCGGGAAUAUAAACUGUAGAAAAGAUUUCAUGCGGCAUUGUAUCGUUUCUGAGAAAUAAAAAUAA